AGAAGUACAAAUAAGUACAAAUUGUCUACAAUUGUUAUCUGCUGGGAUACUCUGUCUAGGGAACGUCGGUGUAGCCAUUUGCAUACUAGGAUCAUUAUCAGUUCAUUUGAAACAUUACUUUGAAAGGCAGUCUACAACAUGAACGUUAAUAUUAAUCAUAAAGAAUGAUAAACGGAUCCACUAAUCAUUGUGAUUUAUCAAAAAUAAUUCCGGUGCUGAACUUAAAGGAUCUCUAUAGGACAUUUACGUCAAUAAGACAAUGCGAAGCGUUUCAAAUAUUUCAUACUUUACUGUACAUCAAAUACAUAUAAGGAAAACAGAAAAACAAUAUUUUUGUGUUCAACAAAUGUAGGGCAAGAAAAUGAUUAUUCUAUUAAGCUGUCAUGCCUCAUUAACAUGUCAUUAAUUGUUAUUCUUUUUUCAUAUGGACUCAAUGGUGGGAUAUUUGUUUCUUCCUUGCUGAUUCUUCAAGUAUUCAUUUUGCGCAGAGAAAUGUGUUAAAUUUCAAGUCCUUUUCUAUUAUUAACAGACAUUUUCAAAAGGAUUUUAUAUGUACUAGUAAUCAUAACAUUUAACCGUUACAACAUUAGUGAAAGAAAAGGUAAAGAUGAAACUCCUAAGUAGUGCCAACAAUACCACUCUACCCGAACUGUACAAUGACACAGAUUUGAAAAGCGUUAUUGUUUAUGAAGCAGCAAUAGCUACAGUAUUGACGAUUUGUGUUAUUUCAUCGUGUUUAUUCAACAUAAUAAUUAUAAUUGUGUUUAUGAGGUUCAAAUGCCUGAGGACAAAACAUGAUAUGCUUGUCAUUAACCUUGCAUUUACAAAUUUAAUAAUAACUGUGGGAAUUUCGUUUUAUUCUACUUAUACAAUACAACCAGGCGAUAUUUUUCACAUGAAAAUCGUGUGUAUGAGCUUGUUUAUAUGUAUCUUUGGAGGAAUACUUACAUCCCUAUUGGUGCUUCUACUUUUGAGUCUUGAGCGAUUUUUGUGCAUCGUCUACCCUCACUUUCAUGGCCGGAUCCGAGUUCGCCAUGUAAUAUUGUGCAGCAUCCUCGCAUACCUGGUAGGUUUGUCAUAUACCAUUAUACCAUUCAUAUUAAAAAAUAACUGGGACCGUUACCAUCUUUGUGUUUUGGAUGUGUUUCCCUUUGAAUUCAGUAUUGCAGAACAGGUUUGUGGCAUUGUAAUUAUUACGACAAUUGUAACAAUUAAUGUUAUUGUUUACAAAACAGCUCUUUCUCAAGCCGCAAAAAUAAAUGUUCUACUUAAAAACGUCCAGCAUAGGCACACAAGAAGCCGUAAAUUAAGACAAAAGGGGAAAGCUUUUGUGACUGUCUUUCUGUUGUCGGGUAUAUCAGCUGUAUGUUGGAUCCCUUUAUUGGUAGUUUUCGCCUUAGAAUCUAACCCCAAUUUACCUGAGGAUUUCAGAUGGAUAUUCACCCAGUUACUGUACGUUCCGGUAGCGUUGAAUUCGUCUGUAACUGCUAUUAUUAUUGGACAUAGAAACAGACAUUUCAGAGAUGCUAUAAAAUCUAUGUAUUGCAGAAAACAACACGAAUGUAUUCACAACAGUACCAUCUGAUCUCUAGUUAUUCGACCAUAGAAGUGUAAUCGGAUUUUCGACUAUGUAUUCAAAAAUAUAUAAAAUAAUAAAACUGA